UGAUCAUUAAAUCACGUUGGAUUUGUAUGGAAGAAAGGAAAGAAAAAGGAUGUGGAGUCUGAAGUUUGAAACCCCAAAGAUCAGAUAUGUCUAAAAGGAACAUUUAUUUUAAGGAGAUUGUUGCAUUCAAGACUCAAGAUCCUUCUUCAAGAAGUUGACUUUGAAGGGGAGUGCUUUUCUCUCCAGGCGUGGGUGGAUGCCAUGCAGAUUGAUGAGUUGUAACAACCACAGAGGAUUGGACCCCACAAAAGGGAUAUCAGGGGCAGCGUCCCGGUUUUUGUUGCAGCUGACGGUGCAGGAGGCAAUUUUCUUGCUUCAAGUUUCUUUGAACGUAGCCACAGCUGCCAAAGCCUCAAGACAAAAACAAAAACUGAAAGCAACUUUAUUUCUCAAAGUCGUGGCAACCAUUUGUCCGAUGCAGUGCCCAGGUGUUGCAAGAAAUCCUCAACGGUUUCUCUUCUUUCAUGCAGGAAUUUCUUUCGCUUUCUGUUUGAAACUCUUGCGCCCUCUAUAUAUCUACAGGAGGGGCUUCCCAUUUCACAUUAUAAUCCAUUUCUCAAUCCAGCUUUCCAACGUUUUCUUUAACUCUCUAAGGAGCUGUACCUAGUGCUACAUCGGGCUCCAGAGGAUUAAAGAAACAAUGUUGGCUGAUUUCAUGCCAUUCUUGGCCAAUGUUCUAGUUCAACUAGGCUAUGCAGGCAUGAACAUCACAUCAAAGCUGGCCAUGGAAUCUGGAAUGAAACCGCUUAUUCUUGUUGCAUACCGGCAAAUCUUUGCCACCCUUGCCAUCGCCCCUUUUGCCUAUUUCUUAGAGCGAUUAACCUUUCUUGAAGACUAUUUCCUCAAUGAAAUGGAAUGGAACACCAACAAGGGCAGGAAAACAAGACCCAAGAUCACUAAGCAUAUUCUUUUCCAGAUUUUCUUGUGUUCACUGACAGGAUUUGUGUGUAUGCGUAAAAAGUCUUUGGGGGUUGAUUUGGGCUGA